UCCACUCCUUUUUGUGCAUCCAUCUGAACCCAAACCCAAACCAAACAAUCCAAUUCAUAUCCGCCACUAUGCCGAUCGAUACCUCCGCUGCAGUUUCCGGCCAAAUUGUGUGCGUCACCGGCGCUGGAGGCUUCAUUGCUUCUUGGCUUGUAAAGCUUCUUCUUGAGAAGGGCUACACUGUUCGAGGAACUGUUAGAAACCCAGAUGAUCAAAAGAAUGCUCAUUUGAAGCAAUUGGAUGGAGCUAAUGAGCGUCUCUCUUUGUAUAGCGCUGAUCUUCUUGAUUUUGAAAGCCUCAAAGCAGCUAUUAUGGGCUGCGAUGGUGUCUUCCACACUGCCUCUCCAGUCACCGAUGACCCCGAAAAGGUGGAACAAGCCAUAAUUGGAACUAAGAAUGUCAUGACCGCCGCAGCAGAAGCAAAAGUUCGACGAGUAGUGUUCACAUCGUCCAUCGGCACCGUCUACAUGAACCCUAACCGUAGCCCCGACACGGUGGUGGAUGAGUCUUGUUGGAGUGAUCUUGACUUUUGCAAGAACACCAAGAAUUGGUAUUGCUAUGCGAAGACAAUAGCAGAGCAGGCAGCAUGGGAAGUUGCAAAAGAAAGAGGAGUGGAUUUAGUAGUGGUGAACCCAAUGUUGGUAUUGGGGCCUCUAUUACAAGAGGGUGUGAAUGCGAGCGUGGUUCAUAUAAUGAAGUACUUGACAGGGUCAGCCAAGACAUAUGUAAAUGCAGUUCAAGGAUAUGUUGAUGUUAAGGAUGUGGCCAAAGCCCAUGUGUUGGUUUAUGAAACUCCGUCAGCCUCAGGCAGAUAUAUAUGCGUUGAGAGCAUGCUUCAUCGUGGAGAAUUGGUUGAUGUUCUUGCUAAGUUGUUCCCUCAAUAUCCACUUCCAACCAAGUGUUCUGAUGAGGUGAAUCCGAGAAAGAAGCCUUAUAAAUACAGGGUUGAGAAAUUGAAGUCAUUGGGAAUGGAGUUCACACCAAUCACACAAUGCAUAUAUGAAACAGUGAAGAGCUUACAAGAAAAGGGUCACCUUCCUCUUCCCUCCCAACUUCAGCAUUGAUCUUUCCCACAAGUUUAAUAUCCAAAA